AUGUUCGCCUUCGUGGCGGCAUCGAUCGCGGCGCUCGCGCUCACACCGCCCGCCUUCGCCCAGGACAGUCCCGACGGCGACCACGAAUAUACUGUCUGGUCCAGUGUGAUUCUGACCAGAACCGGCGAACGAACGCCCGCGAUUCUUGGAUACAUCCCUACGACAUUGACUGCUGUCGGCGCGAAUCAAGCACACCAAGCUGGGCAGUUCUUCCGGCAAAGAUACAUCGAGUCCACCUAUCAUCGGAACCGCACGGGCUCUAAUGGGGCAGAAGAUGCUGGAGCACCUUUGUAUGGGCUGAACACAGAUGUAUUCGAUCCCAUGCAGCUAUUCGCUGUUUCUCUGGACGAGCAGUGCAACUUGGGCACGGCUCAGGCGUUCAUGCAGGGGCUGUACCCACCAUGGACUCCCAACAGCAAUAGCAGCACACCUGGUAUGGUCAGUCCGACGAAUGUGCUGGCCAAUGGCACAUAUAUCGUGUCUCCUCUCGAUGGAUACCAAUAUCCGCAGAUCCAUGCCAACGGGCCAUCGGACUACAAUUAUAUCUACCUAAGUGGCAACCUGAAUUGUGAAUCAUGGAAUCGGGCCGCUGAUGCGUACUCGACUACCCAGAACUUUGGUGUCACUCGGGAGGAUUUUGACAACAUCUACAGCGCAAUCGGACCAGCCGUGUUUGAAGGCGUCCUUGAUUCGCAAUACUGGGACUACACAAAUGCUUACGCCAUCUACGACUAUCUGCGAUACCAAUAUGCAUAUAACGAUACAGUUAAGAUAGCUCUCGAUCGAUAUUACGAUGUCACGACUAACACCAGCUACCUCAACAUUCUCCGCUGGCUUGCAGACGAACAGCAAUUCGCUCAACUCGGCAACGUCAGCGCCGUCAACCCAGUCAGCAACGAGCAAGGCCUCCCAGGCCUCCAAGGCAGCAUUUCCACCAUCGCAGGCAACAUGCUCGGAGCCAGGAUCAUAGACGGCUUGACCGACGCAAUCUCAAACUCCCAAGAUGGUCUCUACAAACUGAACCUCUUAUUCACAGACUACCACCCCUUCCUCUCCUUCUUCUCCCUCGUCGGCCUCCCCGAACUAAACUCCAACUUCUACGGCACCCCCAACUUCGCCGCCUCCGCAGUCUUCGAACUCUUCUCCUACACCAACUCCACCGGACCCAAGACCUUCCCAGACGAAUCCGACCUCUGGGUGCGCUUCUACUUCCGCAACGGAACCGACGACGGAGAAGAAUUUCGUGCAUACCCACUCUUCAACCGCGGUCCCGAUCAAACGGAUAUGAUGUGGAGUGACUUCCAAUACCAAAUGUACAACUUCCUGAUAGUGGACGUCGGGGAUUGGUGCACAUUGUGCAAUGCCACGAAACUUUUCUGCGCGGCUUGGAACAAGGAUGAAACGAAGUCGCUUGUACAGGAUUGGGCUGAGGGACACGGCAUCUCUACUACCAACACCGGUCAUCGCAUGGAACCCGCUCUCGCCGGAGUGAUCGGCGCCAUCAUCGCCCUGGCCAUCGCAGGUAUAAUUUUCGGUCUCCUCAUGCUCCUCGCGGGCGUUCGUUUCCACCGAAAUCCCAAGAUAUCGAAAAGAAAGUUUUCGGAUCUAGGAGGAUUCAAAGGAGGGCAAAAGAUGCGUUCGGACCAAGAUUUGACGAUUCCCAAAAGCGGAGCUGUGGUGGGGGCUUCGAUUGAAACUUCUCCGACGAGUCCGCACGGUGGACAUGAGAGGGUCGGGAGCUGGGAAUUGAAGAGCACGGAAGCGGGA